AUGGAUGCUGACCUCCAUGUUUAUGCUUUUCCGAUUUCACAGCAGAAACCCAUGGUCAUGGAGUGUCAUAACAUAAAUACCUCGAGGCAGAUAUUCUGGGCAAGUUAUUGUGUUGACAAACCCAUAUCGUUGUCUUCAUGCUGGACAAAAAAUUCAAAUUUGGAAAGUUUCUUCAAACUUCAGGGUAAUAUAGCUGGUUGGAGUUCAAGGCUGGUCUCCCAAAGGUUAACUUACUCAAAUCAAGCUUCUAUUGGAAAGAAUUGUGUGGACCACAUAUCUAGGAGAACAUUUUGUGCUCCUGUUAAUCUGGAGGAGGAAUUUUCAUCUGUGUGGUCGCAAAGUUAUUCAGAAGAUGGUGAGGAUGCCCCUGAGGCUUCCGAGGAGGAGGUUUCUGCAAAACCAUUGAGCAGUGAAGAGUUGAAGGCUGUAGCUGUUGACUCUGAAAGAGCAAAGCUUAUCAAGAAACUAAGUGAAGCCAACCAGCAGAACCGGUUCCUCAAACGACAGUUGUACGUGAAGGAGGAUGCAUUGGUCAAUUUCAAAAGUGAACUUGCCACCAUGGAACUCGAGAUUCAGGCUUUGGUGAGUUUGGCAGAAGAAAUAUCUAAAUCUGGCAUUCCAGAAGGUUCAAGAAAGAUCAACGGGAAAUACAUUCAGUCUCAUCUACUUUCUCGGUUAGCAUCUGUACAAGAAAAACUGAAGGAACAGAUAAAAGAUGUGGAUGCUGCACGAUCUAAAGAGGUGCAGCUAUUCUGGUGUGGCAUGGCAGAGAGUGUGCAAGUAAUGGGCUCUUUUGAUGGCUGGAGUCUAGGAGAGCACUUAUCAGCAGAUUAUACUGGUUAUUACACAAAGUUCUCAACAGCAAUAAUGCUUAGACCUGGAAGGUAUCAAAUCAAGUUCUUGGUAGAUGGAGAGUGGCGGCUGUCGCCAGAAUUACCAACCAUUGGUGAGGGUUUAAUGAAAAACAACUUGUUGAUUGUGGAGUAG